AUGGCAUUAAUCCCAGAAAGAGACCAUGCUUUUGAAUCAAAUUGUGUUGCUUAUCAUGAUUCUGGUGUGAUUGCCAUGAUUUGGGAUGAAAUCGCACAGUUGAUUAAUGCUUUGAUUAAGUUACAGAGGACCCAAAUGAAUUUCAAGAGGUUGUCUUUAACUGACAUCAAGAUUGAGAUUAACCGGGUGCCCAGGAAGAAGAAUCUGAUUGAAGCUAUGGAGAAGGCUGAUGUCAAGAACAAGUGGGAGAAUAGCUCUUGGGGUAGGAAGCUGAUUGUUCAGAAGAGAAGGGCAUCUCUUAGAAUCAAGAAAUCUGGAUUGGUGAAGCAUGAGCUUUCAAAAUUGAAGAGAGAAAAUGCGUCUUAG